AUGGGCAAGCGCAAGUCAGCAAAGAAGCCACAGGCAAAGAGAACGAAGGAGACGCUUUCCACAUCGUUCAAGUGCCUCUUCUGCCAUCAUGACAACUCUGUCACCGUCAAGAUCGAUAAGGCGGCCAUGUUCGGGCAUUUGAGCUGCAAGGUCUGUGGGCAGAAGUUCACGACGCCAGUCAACAACCUGUCUGCAGCCGUGGAUGUGUACUGCGACUGGGUUGAUGCUUGCGAGGAGGCACAGAAGAAGCAGCCCAAGAAGUUCAAGGCGCCAAAGGCACCGAGCCCUCUGCCUGCCGUGUCCGCGGCGCUUAAUGACGAGGAUGACGAUGACGACGAUCUUGACUUGGCCAGUGCGCUGGACAAGGCGAAGCGCAAGCCGACUUCGCGCGACUACGACGAGGACAGCGACGACGACCGGCAUAGGCGCAAGCAAGCGCGGCGGGCGUACGACGAGGACGACGAUGAUGACGAGGAGUAGAGCUCUAUAGACUGUAUUGUAUGCAUAUGGCAUAGCCCGGGGUACCUGCGG